AGCAUUUGUCUCUCAGAAAUAGGGGAGACUGCCUGAUGCCAAUUUCUGGAAGGCCAUGUCUCACAGCCUGGUUUUCACCUAUGGCGACAAGCGAGUCAUGGCCAGGGGCUCCGGAAUUGAGGCCGUCCGCUCACUGAAGACACUCGAGGCAUUUUUCGAGGAUGCGGAAGAGAAGCUUGGCCUGCCACCAGGAUCAUAUGACUUCUACGACGUAUUCGGCAAGAUCUCCACUCCAGCGGACCUGCAGCGCGCCCUGUCCAACGCCGCCUCUGGCGAAUGCGAAAUUAAGGUGGUUGAACACCAUCAAUUUGUGCGGAUCCGUGGAGUGGAGGCUCAGAAUACUCACCUCACUUCUCGUGUGGAUGCUCUCGAGCUUGCGCUUCGUGAAGCAGAGCAGCGCAGCGACAUGAAGCUUCAGGUGGCAUCAGAGGAGUUGGCAAAGAUGAUAAAGAAGUGCGAAUCCACCAUCUAUGAUGAAGUUGGCCCCGCCAUUGAGACUGUUAUGAAGAAGCAAAGCGAGUCGGAGAAGGAUAUGCGUGCACUUAUGGAGAAGCUCGCGCAGUUUGACCUCCAGGAGCUGCGGGAUCUGAGCGCCAACGCGCUGCAAAUGAGAGACGAGGUGCAGAACUGCAUCAAUCGCCUCAAUGUGCUUGACACACAGUGGAUGCAAGACAAGGAAGAGCUCCACUCAAUUGUGACGGGGACCAACCAGGACCUGAAGGACCUGCAGAAGUACAUCAUGGGGAAGAUCGAUGUUUGCAUUGAAGCAGAUGCAGACAUUCGGCGAGACCAGCAGAUCCUGAACGAGCGCAUGCAGCUCAUUGCAGAUGACCUGCGGCUACUGAUGGAAGAGCAUCAGCGUCUUUCCAACCGCACCCUUGGUGUGGUGGAGGAGAAUGAAGAAAUGCGCGUUUUGCUGGGACAGGUUCGAGAAGACAACGAGCACUUGCGGCAUGACAACUUCCAGGUCAGCACAAGGGUGCUUAGCCUGGAAGGUGUCGCAAGCGAGAGAUGGGAAGGGUUUGCACCAGGAAUUCUGUACUUCCGCAACUGGCACCGAAGCGCCAAGGGGGAGGACGUGCAGCUUUCAGCUGACCUUUCUGUAGCAGUAGGCCGUGGCUUUCUGGCUGCAACUGGCGUGGUCAUUGGCAAUGACGAGGGCUUGGCUGUAGGUGAUGGGCCCUGCCGGCACUUUGGCACUCCAGGCUGCUUUUCGUCCUAUUAUGAGCUCGAGGUGGAUGAGGUCACGGCCGCACCAUCGGGGGCUGGUGGUCUCUAUGUUGGUGUGUCCUUGCAGAGUGGCGAGGAAAUUUCCACCCACCCUCGCAGAGAGUUCGAUGGCUGGAUGGUGGGCGGGAAUCGUAAGGCAAUGACAGUCCGCGCCAGCUGCGGUCAUGAAGCCAUGGAUGCGGAGAAGCUUCCGGACACCUUCGCUCCUGGAGCUGAUGAGCGAGAUGUGCGUGAAGCGCGCAAGGCUUUGAGACUUCUGCGAGCCGCACUGCCACCCUUGGCCAAGGGCAAAGCAGAGGAGGUUGAGUUGAGAGACAGCUGGAGCAGCGAGGGCCUCCGGAUGGGCGAUCGCGUCGGCGUGCUGUUUAGGUGUAACCGGGAAGGCGGCGCUCUGAUACGUGUGGCCGUGAACGGUGACAUCGUGACCACCCAUCACUUUGCAGAAGCACCACCAGCAGAGGCAGUCGGCUUCCUGACGCCCGUUAUCCGACUCGCUGGCACGGGGACUGUGGGAUCAAGCACAACGCUUGCUAGCUGUGCUAAGCAGCCUCGAUGAUCGACUUUUCAUGACUUCACCAUCUUCACCUAAUCAGCAUGUGACAUGUGACGGUGCAUGCGAGCCUGAGUCAAGCAGCGAUGCUCCAGGAAGGCAGUGCGGUUGAUGCCUGGCCUAUCGCCGCCAUCCAAAAUGCUGGCCGACACCCUCCGAGGCUGAGGGUCAGCAGUGCCAGUAAGCGCCUUUGUUUCACCUUGUCCUCCGGAUGUCUUUCGUCUCACUCACGGGGUGCCUGGAAUCAGGACCCUCAAGCGGACAUCCCAAAGCGGAUGUUCAAGAGCGAAUGUUCUGGCACGCCAUCGAAGGACGUCAG